AUGUGGGGAGGAGGAGGAAGGAAGAAGAAGAAGGCCAAAGGCAGGAAGAAAGAAUAUCAUGUGCUUCCCGCUGGCUCUGGUAACUCAAGAAGCAGGAAAGAAAAGGACGAAGAAGACGCCAAAGCGCAUGGAAAGGACCAGAAGGAAGCCCUUGUUGCUGCUCUCGCUUCAACUUCCAACUUGAUUUCUUCGCUUUCCAAUCUGUCUCAGCGAUGA